ACUCUUUCUCGCAUGCCCUGAAUCCAUCAACCAGAGAUCCGGAGUGUGACCGAGUUCAACGCGGACGAAAAGCUUAAGUUUAUCUGCACUGUGGCUAACAUCUCCAAGUGCCAACUCUGAACUUCGGAAGCGUCCAAGAACUACAAAGAGCUGGGACCGUUCAUUCUGACGAUUGAAUUGAUCUCACACGGUUCAACAUGGCAGCAGGACCGCAUACAUUUGUUGUUGCUGAUGUCUUUGCAUCGGAAAGAUAUCUCGGCAAUCAACUUGCCAUCGUCAGCAUUCGUAGCAACGCGCUCACUUAUCAACAAAAAAGACAGAUCGCCAAAGAAUUCAAUCAUUCAACGACAGCAUUCCUCCAUGAUAGCCCUCACCCAUAUCAACCGCGCAAACUCGAACUGUUCAGCUCCAAAGGUGAACGGCAUUUCGCCGCUGAUGCCGUCCUAGGAACGGCUCAGUAUAUUUUCCAAUGCCUAGCGACAAACGAAGAUGCCACCGCUCUUCCCAGUCCUAACAUCGCCUCUGGGAGUAAACCCGGAGCGAAACUAUCCAAAUGUGCUUUGCAGACAAAAUCAGGCGCGAUCCAUGCAUUCUUCGACCCGGCAAGACAAGUCACUGCCAUCGAAGUCCCCUUCGACAUCCACGUCCAUGCCAAAGAGACGUCGAAAGACGAAAUUCUCGCCGUGCAGCGCAAACUCGGCACAAGUCCGCAGAUAGAUAAAAUGAAAGCAUCAUACUCGGUCGUAUCUAUUUACGAAGGUGUAACAUUCACCCUGGUCGACUUCACCAAUUGCCCCACCCUGAUUAGCCUCCUCCAGCCAAGCGAAGCCCCGGAGCCGAACCUCGACGCUGGAUGGAGAGCAGCACCAGUGGGAGAUGAUGGUGGCGGUGAUUCUCCAUCGCCAUCUUCUUUCUACGGCGCGGUAUAUUUUAUCCAACUCCAAACCGAUUUCACCGAAGAACCGUACAUUACCAGGUUAGAAGCCCGUGUCAUCGCUGACGGGGUGGAAGAAGCGGCUAGCGCGAGCGGAUGCUGUGCGCUGGCGGCACAUCUAGCGAUGCAGAAGGGUGGGAAGAAUUCGAGACAUGCGUAUGCCAUUGAGCAAGGGAUCGAAAUGGGGCGGAAGAGCCAACUUUGCAUUGAAGUGAGAUUGAACGAGCAAGGUUCGGGGGUGUCGAGGAUUACACUUUCGGGGAGGGCGACAAUGGUGAUGGAGGGGAAGCUAUUGUAAUGUUUAAGGGAGACGUUGACUGCGGCUCUUUUGCCCUCUUGUUUUUCAUUGCUUUUCGGAGCUGUGUCACGAUCAAUCUACUGGGUUCGCAUUUUACAUCAAAUUCAGGGCAAAUUGGUCCAUAUAUACUAAGUUACCCCCUCUCAUUGCCAAUCACAAAUUUCACCUAGAUGCUCUACAUA